AUGGCUCUGUCGUUUAUGUCUAAGAGGUUGGGUGUAGUGGAGUGGAUGAUCCUGGAGGCAGCAUGUGUGAUCCUGUUGAAGGUAGUUACCUGUGCAUACGCCGCGGAACGCAUUGCGAAUGGCUCCAGCCUUCUACGGGGCCGCCGCUUCUACUGCCGAGAAUGCCUGGACAAGCUGCGGCGCUGCCUGGCCCGUUCCACCCCUGGGCGACCCCCAGGGCUGUUGGUGAUGGCAGGGCCUGGUGCAGGAAAGACGGCGCUGUGCACCAGGUGGGUGUGUCCCACCUCGGAGUGGGGUCUUGCGGCAGGGCUGGCGCCGCGCUGCCUGGCCUCACACUUCUCUGAGGAGGACCAGAGGAGCACAGUUGUAUGGAGAUUUGUUUUGGGCCUGGUGGAACAGCUCCGCGCCUCACCUCUACUCCCUCCGGAGUACAAGGAGAUCCUAAACACCCCCUCAGUGUCUUCCACUUUAGAGCCUCUCCACUGCAAAAACCCUGAUGACACUUUCAAAGUGCAGAGCUAG